UAUCUUCCCUCUUUCUACCAGGUCAUCGCUCUCACUCAUUGGUUUCUGCUAUUUAUCUUCCCUCUUUCUACCAGGUCAUCGCUCUCACUCAUUGGUUUCUGCUAUUUAUCUUCCCUCUUUCCACCAGGUCAUCGCUCUCACUCAUUGGUUUCUGCUAUUUAUCUUCCCUCUCUCCUUUCCUUGUUGCUGCUAGUACCUGGGUCUUUUUUCAGUAGUCUCCCAGGGGCUCUGAGUGGCCCUGCAGUGGACUUGAAGCCUCGGGGUGUUAGCAUCUCUCAACCCCCCUCCGACCCACAGAGAGAGAUACAGAGGGGGUUGAAGACUCUCACAGAAGAGGACUACCACAGUCCUACUCUUGGUCCGAAACUGUCAGAGCAGCAGACGGUGUCUGUCUCCAGUGAGACCGUUCCCCUGGCUCUGAGAGGGGACGAGUCUCCUCACUCCCCCAGGACCGUCUCCAGUGAGACCGUUCCCCUGGCUCUGAGAGGGGACGAGUCUCCUCACUCCCCCAGGACCGUCUCCAGUGAGACCGUUCCCCUGGCUCUGAGAGGGGACGAGUCUCCUCACUCCCCCAGGACCGUCUCCAGUGAGACCGUUCCCCUGGCUCUGAGAGGGGACGAGUCUCCUCACUCCCCCAGGACUGUUGGCGCCAUCAGGAUCACGAACCAACAAGCCUCUGCUGAGAAAGCUGCGGGGUUGAAAGAUGCCAGUACUAUUAAAGGUUCUGGGCAAGAUGGCGACCCAGCAACUGGUGUUCCUGGUCCUAUUCACACAGAAGUCUCAGCAGAGCUUAUUCCAGCGCUCCCUCCUCCAUGGCCUUUCUCUAGCCCAGAGACAGAAGCACCAGAGAGCACUACCCAUAAAGAGCCUUCCACCAACAUCCGGGGAGCUUUUAGUGCUGAUAGCAUGCCAUUGGCUGAAAAGAAGCCUGACUUUAAACAGAAAUCCAAUGAGACCAAAGAAGUGCCUUCUCAACCUGCCAAACCAGAGGACAACUCUGCCUCAACCCCGGGUGAAAAACCUUUUAGUGCAGACAAGCCGCCAUUGGCUGAGCUCGACCUUGAUGACAUAAUCAUAGAGACGCCUGAUCCGUCAGUCAUGGCCGGUAACUUAUUUUUGGAGGACAAUGCAGAUGAAGAAACAUCAAAAGUGGGCGCAGUAAAGAGGUCACCAUUCAGCCCCUUGAUGACUGGAAGGGAUCAACAGGAUGGAGGUGUUGAACGGACAGCUGAUCCAGAGUCAACUGGAGUGCCAACAUCAAUGGAGCUCCACGUAGAGCACGGCCCAGUUGACACAAAGACACUUCCAGAGAUUGGAAACAUCACGUGUGCAGCUGAGAAGCACGCCAAAGGCCUAGAGCAGCCCGUUGAUAAGAAGCACGGGAAACAGAGCCCAGUGCCUCAUUCACCUUGUUUAUAUGACCUCAACAGGUCAGAUGAAGACAAGGAAAUUUUGAAAAACAUGGCUGCUCUGAAGGCAGGUCCUCCCAGCAAAGACAAGGAAAUGAAAAUGCCAAUCAAAGCGAAAAGGCCAUCAUGGACUGAGGAGGUUAUGGGCUCCAAAGAGAAUGAUAAGAAACAGAUGUACCAUCAACCCCGGGAUGAGAAGGCCUCAUUAUCACAAGCUGAUGAGCACAAAUCAGCCACUCUAGAAGUUCAAGUGAACAAGAGUGUAGAGGAGUCACAUAGUUCUGAAUGGAACGCAGCGAAAGAGGAAGCAGGCUUUUUGGAAGAACACAGAAUAGAUGCUAACUGUGUUCUGAAAGAGCGAUCUGAGACGGCUGAGGGGGGGGGGAAGUCCAGUGACCUGGCUGUCCCAACAAGAUGCUCUAAGAAAGCUUCUCAGCCAUCCUCACCAGACACCACAACCCAGGGUAACAUCCAGGGUAACAUCCAGGGUAACAUCCAGGGUAACAUCCAGGGUAACUCAGGCAGUGAAGAGCCACAGUCCAAUGGACAGACUCCAGCAGAUAAGGGGAUCCCUUCUGGUCAAGCGUCAGAUACGGUUGUUCCUCCUCGACGCAGCAAGAAGAAACCCCUUUCCUUUCCUGUGGUCUUCCAGGAAGUUGCCCCAGAGGCCUCCACUCCCCCUGCGGUAAAGGACGAAGCCCAUGGGAAGGAUGUGUUCGCCCUCAUCCAGGAGAUGCCUGUUCCUCUGCCCAGUCCUGGUCUCGUGUCCUCCAGCAGGUCUUUACUGGAGUGGUGCCAGGUGGUUACACAGGGUUAUAAGGGAGUGAAGGUCACUAAUUUUAACACCUCCUGGCGUAAUGGUCUGGCUUUCUGUUCCAUCCUACACCACUUCUAUCCCGACAAGAUAGCUUUUGAGGCACUGGAACCCAACGAUAUCAAGUUAAACAACAAGAAGGCCUUUGAUGGCUUCGCUGCGCUGGGCAUCUCCCGACUGCUGGAGCCCUCAGACAUGGUGCUGCUCUCUGUGCCAGACCGCCUGAUCAUCAUGACUUACCUGAGUCAGAUCCACACCCACUUUACGGGGCAGGAGCUGAGUGUUCUUCAGAUAGAGCACAACAGCAGCCAGUCCAGCUAUGCAGUGACUGAACCCAGUGAGGGUUCUGAUGUGGAUGCUGCUGCUCGCUUCUGUGCCCGCAAGUUACAGGAAGGUAGCAUCUCCCUGGAGGACGGUGCUACAGAACAGGCUUCUAAGCCCAAUGGGAGCCUAGUGCCACCCCCCUGGACUAAACGGGUGACAAAAGUGGAAGAGAAGGGAAGCGUAGCUGGGGAUUUGGAUGGGGGAACGGGAGAGACACAGACCCCCGUGCCUCCACCCAGGUCACACACCUCUGCAGCCAAAUCAGGAUUUGGUCACGCCGACCUGGUGAAGAAAAGGCGCUUGCGGCUGAAGAGUGAGUCCAUGGAUGAAGGGGAUGUGGUGGAGCAGCAGAGUAGCACAUCUAAGAGCACAGAGUCAGCUGAAAGUGUAUCAGACAGAGAAGUGAAGAAUGUCUCCUCAGAAUCCGAGUCAAGGAGCCCAGCACAAGUCCAGGAGUCCAGUGUCCCAAGCCAGGAGGAGGAUACUCUGGACACCAGUCAGUAUGUGCUGAGUGAGCUGCAAGCCCUGGAGACUGAACAGAAGCACAUCGACAACCGAGCAGGCAUCGUGGAGAGGAGACUCAGAAGACUGAUGGAAUCAAGUAGCGACCGUGACGAGGAAGAGAAACUGAUCCAGGAGUGGUUCACUCUGGUCAACAAGAAGAACGCCCUGAUCAGGAGACAGGAUCAUCUGGAGCUGCUGCAGGAGGAGCAGGACUUGGAGAAACGAUUUGAACUACUGAAUAGAGAACUUAGAGCCAUGAUGGCCAAUGAAGAGUGGCAGAAGACUAAGGCCCAGCAGCACCGGGAGGAGCUCCUACUGCAGGAACUGGUCUCUCUGGUCAACCAGCGGGACGAGCUGGUCAGGGACUUGGACGCCAAGGAGAGAGGUGCCGUUGAGGAGGAUGAGCGUUUGGAGCGGGGGCUGGAGCUUAGACGCAGGAACUUCAGCAACAAAGACAAGUGUGUGCUGCAGUGAGAGUAGGGACGACAAUGACAAAUAGCGCAGUGCCUUAAAUACCAACCCAUCUAGAACUAAACCUCCUCAAUCUCUGCUUCAAACCAAGCUCUCAGUCACUCAGCAACCUACAAUAUGAAACACUCCUAGACAAACAUGUCACCACUUCAACAAAUCCUUAACUGUGAUUUUGGGACUGAUGGUUAAUAAACAAUUAUACCCCCGGGGUUGCUGGGGCUGUGUGCCUUCCCUUUUGGAGAUACUUGAAGAAAUAAAUCCCUCUGUACCUUGAGGUAAGAGACUCUGGGAAGGUCGCCCAUCCAUGGAGUACUUUUGUUUGAGAAACGAGGACCUUUCCAAUUCAGUCUGUCAAUGUGCCUUACUCUGUCAUUCAAUAGACAGAAAGCCCACUGUACAAACAGAUGUGCUGUGUACCUUUAGACUGCCAUGAAGCUAAGAGGUUCAGAUGUAUAGGACAUAAUGUUUACUUUUAUGUCUAUAAACAUCUCACUGAUCUCAUCAACAAUAUAAGAGAACUUUGCCUGAAUGCUUUGAUGGAACUGGCUAUGAAAUGAACGGUCUGGUGUUUAGACACAAAAUAAAUCAGUCCUCUGUGUAUACAGGAGGGUUUGGUAACAUCAGCUCUGUGUAUACAGGAGGGUUUGGUAACAUCAGGCUUCUGUGUAUACAGGAGGGUUUGGUAACAUCAGCUCUGUGUAUACAGGAGGGUUUGGUAACAUCAGCUCUGUGUAUACAGGAGGGUUUGAGAACAUCAGCUCUUUGUAUACAGGAGUGUUUGGUAACAUCAGCUCUGUGUAUACAGGAGGGUUUGGUAAUAUCAGCUCUGUGUAUACAGGAGGGUUUGGUAACAUCAGGCCUCUGUGUAUACAGGAGGGUUUGGUAACAUCAGGCCUCUGUGUAUACAGGAGGGUUUGAGAACAUCAGCUCUUUGUAUACAGGAGUGUUUGGUAACAUCAGCUCUGUGUAUACAGGAGGGUUUGGUAACAUCAGCUCUGUGUAUACAGGAGGGUUUGGUAACAUCAGCUCUGUGUAUACAGGAGGGUUUGGUAACAUCAGGCCUCUGUGUAUACAGGAGGGUUUGGUAACAUCAGGCCUCUGUGUAUACAGGAGUGUUUGGUAACAUCAGCUCUGUGUAUACAGGAGGGUUUGGUAACAUCAGCUCUGUGUAUACAGGAGGGUUUGGUAACAUCAGGCCUCUGUGUAUACAGGAGUGUUUGGUAACAUCAGCUCUGUGUAUACAGGAGGGUUUGGUAACAUCAGGCCUCUGUGUAUACAGGAGGGUUUGGUAACAUCAGGCUUCUGUGUAUACAGGAGGGUUUGGUAACAUCAGGCCUCUGUGUAUACAGGAGG